AUGUGAUCGAACUCUUCUUUUUAUUAUUGAUAAAGAAAUACUGGCGCGUGCGCUCGUAUAUUGAUGCCAUAACGCCGGACGGUCCAAUUUUCGACCCAUGAACCAUUUAAGGUUUUCGCCUUAAUAACGGCAUUUCAUGUGAACUGUUUUUAACAGGGAGGGGGGUUAUACUGCCUUGAUCAUUUGGUGGGAAGACAGCGCGGGUUAUCAGGACGCCUCUUCUAGCGUUAAAAUAUAAGCACUUUAGCGUCGAGGUAGUGGCGCACGCUAUCGUCUCUUUAUUUUUUUUUCAAGUGAGCUCUACGACUGUCUUCUAGUUUCCAAAUAGCCAAACGUUUCAUUUGUUCCCUUUCCUCAUCGGCACUGACUGCGCAUGCGCUAUGAUUUCACGUGAUUCUGUCACAAAAUAGACGCUAGUGCUCAGAAAGCACCGCAUCAGGCAUGGCUGAACAAAGUAACAGUGGACACACGCCUCCUGCGUUUACCUUCGGCGACGAAGCAACGCCGAGCACAAGCCAGGAUUUUUUCGAGGGCGCUUCGUACACAUCCGACUGUUGCACUACGCCUUACACAUGUCACUGAAAGCGGAAUCACCAGUUCCCCGCCUAUGGCGUCGAGCACCCGCGUCAAUCACACACAGCCCAGUACAAGGCGCGCUGGCAUGGAGGAAGCAUCGGCCAUUCCGGAAAACAUCGCAGGAAUUUCCGAAGACACCCGGGUUCACCAAGGUAACACCCAGUACCAACCGGGUGAAGGCACGUCCACCGUCUUCGCACCUCUGGAAUCAAGGCAUACAGACAAGACAGAAACCAGAACCGGCUUCACACUUCCGGUCUACAGCAGCAGCAGCAGUGGUGGUGGUGAUUACGCUGUGGCCUGUACGAGCCAAACUGGCACAAAGGAAGCAUUGGGCACUUGGGGAAGCGACGCCAGGAUUUGUGACGACUCCUUCGGAGACCUGUGGAACGCGUUGAACAGCCACAGCGAUGCCAGGGACGUCACGGGCCAUACACAUGUCACUGACAGCGGAAUCACCAAUUCCCCACCUAUGGUGUCCAGCACCAGCAUCAAUCACGCACAGCCCAGUACAAGCCGCGCUGGCAUGAAGGAAGCAUCGGCCAUUCUGGAAAACAUCGCUAGGAAUGCUCCUGGAACCGGAGGAAGGGAACAGCGAGAGUUGUGCGGUGCAUGUGGCAACGUUUCGAGCAGACGCGACGCCUUACACGGGCACGCCAAGGAACACGCGGAUGACGCAGCCCAAAUUUGUAAAGUAUGUCAUCAAUCGUCUGUGAAGAUUUCUAAAGUUGUAGAACAUUGCCGCAACCGUACUGGCAAAAAACACAAAUGUGAAACCUGCAGUAAAGAGUUCCACCGGGCUGAAGUCCUAACUCAACAUAACCGCACGCACACAAACGAGAGACCCCACAAAUGCCAAAUGUGUAAUAAAUCGUUCCGGCGGUCUAGUCAUCUAGAUGAGCAUAAGCGCACUCAUACAGACGAGAGACCCUACAAAUGCCAACUGUGUAAUAAAUCGUUCCGGCGGUCUAAUCAUCUAGAUAACCAUAAGCGCAAACACAGAGGUGAGAAACCCUACAUUUGCAAAACAUGCGGUAAAUCAUUCGCACAGUUGGCAACUCUCCGUACACAUGAAAACACUCAUGCAGAGGAGAAACGUCAUGUAUGCCAAAACUGUGCUAAAUCAUUCAAAAAUAAUUCUGCUCUCAAGAGACAUGUAGACUCUUAAUGUGGAAACAUCACUUUCGUUUGCGAAAUCUGUUAUUGUUCCUUUCAGACCCAUUCAAACUUUCUUCGUCACCGCCGAACAAAGCACGUGGGUAAAACGCCGUAUGAGUGUGCGCAGUGCGAAUGUCUUUUUACAGACAAAGAAACACCCGAUAGGCAUGUGUGCCAGAAGGAAUGCAAUAUGUAAACGAUGCCUUCUGGUUCUUCGUAAUUGCGCGACAAAAUACUGCAGGUCCUGGCCAGCGCUCACUGUUCCAUGAACUACGUUGUUGGUGAAUGUUGCGGUAUCAAACUGACUUCAAGACAAACCCUAAUGGGCUGCAGG